GACUCCCGCCCGCCCGCAGGGUGCAGCGCUGAGCACCGUCUGUCCGGAGGGCUCCUCGGGUCCCUGCCCGGCGGGUGCAGCGCUGAGCACCGUCUGUCCGGAGGGCUCCUGGGUCCCCGCCGGAGGCCGCUGCUGGUGGCGGCGCCGCCACUCCGGGCCUUCCUGGAGCGGCACUGCCCCAUCGUGUGCGAGACCUUCUACCCCACACCCUGGUGCUUCGAGGGCCGGCUCCAGACCCUGCUCCGGCACAUCCUCUUGUCCGAGCCCCCGGUCUUGUACCGCAGCGAGCUGCUCCGCGUGGCGGACGGUGGGCAGCUGGUGCUGGACUGGGCCGACAACCCAGGGAGUCAGCGGUACCCAGACCCUAGCACGCGCCCCACGCUCCUGCUCCUGCCCGGUGCCACCAACAACAGCGAGGCCUCCUACGUCCUGCACUUGGUGCAUGGACUGCUGCAGGUCGGCUACAGGUGUGUGGUGCUCAACUGCCGCGGCUGCAAGGGGGACGAGCUGCUGACCCCCAGAGCCUUCUCCGUUGCCAACACCGAGGACCUGGAGACCGCCAUCGCCCACCUCCGGGCACAACUACCACGGGCCCCACUCCUGGCCAUGGGCUUCUCCCUGGGUGGGACGCUGCUUCUGCACCACCUGGCACGGACAGGCCACGCCGCAGGGCUGGAGGCUGCCGUGGCCAUGUCUCCGCUCUGGGACUACGGGGAGUUCCUGAACUUGCUCGAGCAGUCCCUUCCCAUGGUGGUCUUUCAUGUGCCACUCUUGUACUUCGUGCGCAGGCUGGUCAAGAGGCACAGGCAGGCAAUUGCGGCACUGCUGGACGUGGACCAGGUCCUCAAGGCUCGCACACUGCGGGAGAUUGAUGCACAAUACACAGCACCCGCGUUCGGCUAUGGGACUUGCGAGGAGUACGUGCGGGCAGCCAGCUCCAUGUCCGGCGUGCUGGCCAUCCGCGUGCCCCUGCUCUGCCUCAACGCGGCCGAUGACCCCUUCUCCCCACUCCACACCAUCCCCAUGGAGCUGCUGCGGCAGGUGCCCCAUGUGGCCCUACUGAUGUGGCCACGUGGGGGGCACGUAGGCUUCCAGGAGGGCCUGUUGCCAUGCCGACACAACUUCCUGGUCCGCGUAUGCAUCCAGUUUGCUGCCGCGGUGCUGGAGCAGGGCGCGGAGCUGCGUGGCCUCAGGGGCGACCCGGGCACGGGGGCGGGAGCCCGCGUGUAGUGGCCGCCUGGGGUGCAGUGGGUGCGGGUGUUGGGGUCCUUGAACCGUCGGGGCCGCGCGUGUUGCUCUGGUGCUGCUCACGGAUAAACUGGCUCCCAGGCGCUCCGGUCUGACUCUGGCGAUAGCGAGGCAGGGGGACGGGUGGGUCUGCAGGGGCCGAGGCCGGUGCUGCCACCAGGCCGCUCAGAGCUUGGCUCGCAGGGCGCGGCUUUACAUCUCUGCUGAGCCUCAGAGGCUGGUACCGCCCCGGGCAGGGGCACGAAGCCGCAUCCAGCCCCUGUACGAAGCUGGCUGGGACUGGGGGCGGCUGGAGUAACGCCCCGUUCCUGGUUGCACGCUGCAUUGCACGGCCUGCCACCGCCCUCAGCAACGCCGGUGCAGCAGCGUGCAGGCAGGAGGGCUGGAUCCCACUCGUCCUGUCCCGCUCCAGACACCGCCGGGGAAGGACCCGGAGUCACCCUGGAGGCAACACCGGCGACACCUGGGCUCACGCUCCAGCCAGCCCUGGCCACGUGCCACUCGUGGCCCGGUGGGACGGGGGUGGGAGAGGUCCCAGAACAGGAGCAGGAGGCCAGGAACUGGGGCCUGGAUCCGCCCCUGGCGUGGGGCCUGUUUCCCCAGGUCCGGCCCCACCCGCCUCAGCCUGGC